AUGCUCGCCCCCAAGAUUGAUGUCCCGACGCCGGAGCCGAACGGCAGAGGCUGCAGCGCCAUGCACCUGGCACCGCCCAGCCCAAGCGACAUUGGCAUAUCGUCGGCGAGCUUGCACGGACAUGCGCAGGAGCCGCGGCCGUCGACGUCCACCAAGGGGGAGACGGUCAACGAUAAAUACGUGGUCGUGUACGACUUUGGCGGCAUAGAUUACGACGCGGCGGCCAAGGAGUUCAGCCGCCUGCUCGACAACCUGCAGGCUGCCGGGCUGCACACAGAAGUCCGCCCGGGCUACGAACAGACCCUUCUCGUCCUCGUCAAGGCGCCGUCCCAACUGUUGGGAAACGCAGUCUACAAACAAAGGGUCAAGGACUGGCUGUAUGCCAUCACCCAGUCCCACCCCGGGGGCGACAAGCACACCGUCGUCCGGGCCUGGUUCGAGGCCGAAGACGUGCUCGCGCUGUACCACCUCGUCCUGUGGCCCAAGGACCUGGGCGGCGCCGGCAUCACGCCGGGCGUGGGCGAGUGGCAAAACGUCAAGGCCACGUUCCCGCUGCACAACGAGGCCGUGAACCAGUCCAUGCUCCGCCACCUGAGCAAACGCGUCAUGCUGACCGCCGACGACUUUGACAAGAUUCGAGACCUGCACGGGUCCAAGAUUGCCUUUUACUUUGCCUUUAUCCAGACGUACUUGACGUUCUUGACGUUUCCGGCCGUCACCGGCGUCUUCACCUGGCUGCUGCUCCCCAAGUACUCGCUCGCCUACGCCAUCUUGACGGGCGUCUGGUGCACCGUCUUCCUCGAGUACUGGAAGAUCCGGGAGACUGAUCUCAGCAUGCGCUGGAUGGUGCGCGGCGUCAACAAGGUCAAGGUCAACCGCCCGUCCUUCAGGUACGACAAGGUUGUGGUCGACGACAACGGCCGCACCAAGCACUACUUUCCCAAGUGGAAGCAGAUUGCUCGCCAGCUGCUUCAGAUGCCCUUCAUCAUGCUGGCCACGACUGUGCUUGGCCUCAUCAUCUGUUCCGUCUUUGUCGUGGAGGUCUUGAUCUGCGAAACCUACGAGGGCCCUCAUCAAUUUUACCUGGAGUACGUGCCUACGAUACUGCUGGCAGUGGCCAUUCCCCGCAUCUCGUCGUGUCUCGAGGGCAUCGCGACGACACUGACGGAAUACGAAAACCACCGGACUGCCGAUGAGCACGAGAUGUCGCUGACGCAGAAGCUCUUUGUCCUCAGCAUCGUCACCAACUACCUGCCGAUCCUGCUCACGGCAUUCGUCUACGUGCCGUUUGGCGACGUCAUCAUCCCCCGUGUCAAGCAGGCCGUCGUCAGCCGCUUCCCAGCACUGGCGGCCAGGCUGGUGUUCCGCCCCUUCGCGUCCGACACGGACUGUCUGCGCAACCAGGUGAUUGCGCUGACGGUGACGGGGCAGCUGUCGGACUUUUUCGGGGAGAACAUCCUGCCGCUGAUCAAGUACAAGUGCAGCGACUGGUACCGCGAGUACCGCCGGGCCUACACCAGGGGCCCGAUGCUGCUGACGCUGGUUUCCGACGACGCCGGCGAGGCCGAGUACCUGAGGCGCGUGCGGAACCAGGCGACGCGGUCCCAGUACAACGUGCAGGAGGACAUUGCCGAGCUCGUGCUCCAGUUUGGCUACCUGGCGCUGUUCUCGCCCGUGUGGCCCCUCGUGUCGCUGGGCUUCCUCGUCAACAACUGGAUCGAGCUGCGGUCCGACUUUGCCAAGAUUUGCAUCGAGCACCGGCGGCCGGCGCCGACGCGGUCCGACGGAAUCGGGCCGUGGGUGACGGCGCUGGAGGCGCUGACCCUGCUGGGGAGCAUAUCCACGGCCGCCAUUGUCCACCUCUUCGGCACCGACACGCUCGGCGGCGGCGGGUGGACGACGCUGCCCGUGACCAUCUUCGUCAGCGAGCACCUGCUGCUCCUGCUGCGUGCCCUGACGCGGUGGAUCUUUGAGCGCUACGGCUCGGAGCAGAUCCGCAGGGAGCGGCACGAGAGGUACGCCCGCCGCCUGCACUACCUCGAGGGCAUCGAGGCCAACAAGCGGGCGGGCGUGAACCUCAGCCCUGCCGAGCGGGAGCGCCGGAAGUCGGUCCUCGUCGCCAGCUCGGGCAGUUUCUGGACCAGGCAGGUCGACGAGGGGAGCAGCGCCGCGGCCGGGCUGCGCCUGAUGAACCUCGCGAGGCAGUGGAGGGACAAGGGUCGAGGCGGCGAGACCAAGAUGGACUAG